UCGCAAGCUCGUAUUUCCAGUUCGGUAUGUAAGUACGAGUUGCGUUUUUCCGUCUCGAAUCGCUCUCAGAUUUCCUUAUUAGAACGAGUCAGGCAACUCUUAAAUAUUUGUAAGGUGAAACCCUCGGAAACCAUCAAUCUCGUGAUCCACAGUACGGGCGGAGAGAGAAAAUCGAGUUAGCUACAAGCCCGACUACGAACGUUAGAGCUCGAGUGAGAUUUAAAUACCGGCCAGAAACGACGGGAAAGAAAGAGAAAAGAAGAAGAGGGAGGGGGGAAGGAGAGAGAGAGAGAGAGAGAGAGAAAGAGAGAGAAAGAGAGAGAAAGAGACUCAUCGUACACCGGCCGAGCGAGGCUUCGGUCGUGCACCGGGAGAUAAAGACGUGUGCGACAAGGACAUAUCAGAGGGGCGUCAACUCGCGCGCAAGAUAUAUAAGCGCUCGCAAUAGCCGUAAGAGCAGAAACGACCACGUACUGAAGGCACUAGUACGCGAGCAACAUGUCCACAUAUGGCGGUGUCAGUGAUGGUAUUCACGAUUACGCGAAGAAGAAGAACGCCAUUAUAGUUGAUCUACGAAGCGAUACGGUCACAAAACCAACGGAUGCAAUGAGACUGGCUAUGUUCCAAGCGGAAGUGGGGGACGAUGUUUAUGAGGAAGAUCCUACAGUGAAAGAAUUGCAAAGAAAAGCCGCGGAGCUACUUGGAAAAGAAGACGCACUUUUUGUCAGUACCGGUACGAUGGGAAAUCUGAUAGCUAUCAUGAAUCACUGCGACGUACGUGGUAGUGAAGUCUACUGCGGCGACAAGUCGCAUGUAUUUCAACACGAGCAAGGUGGUGCCGCGCAAGUGGCCAGUGCCAGCCUCUGCGUCCUGCCGAACAACGACGACGGCACGUUCGACCUGAAGAAGCUCGAGAGCAUGAUUCGCACCGACAGAGUACACGAACCGAUCUCGAAACUGGUGAUGGUAGAGAACACGAUUAAUGGGAUAAUCGUACCUCAAUCGUGGAUCAAGGAGUUAGCUGCGGUAGCAAGGAAGUACAAUCUUAGAAUGCAUUUGGACGGGGCGCGAUUAUGGAACGCUUCUAUCGCCUCGAAGAUCUCAGCGAAGGAUCUGGUGGCUCCGUUUGACUCUGUUACCUUUUGCUUGAGCAAGGGAUUAGGCGCGCCGGUUGGUUCCAUUCUUUGCGGAAGCAAGAGCUUCAUCGUCAACGCUAGGAGGAGGCGAAAGGUUCUAGGUGGCGGGAUGAGACAGGUUGGGGUAAUCGCCGCGACCGGGCUCGUCGCCCUGGAAGAAACGAUACCGCGAUUAGAGAUAGAUCACCGAAGGACGCUGACGAUCGCGCAAGCGAUCAAUCAGAUGCACUCCAAAGUAUUCACCGUGGACAUGAAAUCCGUACAGACCAAUAUGAUAUUCGUGGACGUGAAUUCCGAGUAUAUCUCCGCGAUGAAUUUCAUGAAGAGGCUCCAACAAGUGGAACAGUCCGAUGAAGAUGACAAAAUUAUAAUCCGCUGUCUCGCCUUGAGCGAAAAAUUGGUCAGAAUCGUUCUUCAUUACGACAUUGACGAUGCGAUGAUGAAUGCUGCUAUACGUAAAUUAAAGUAUGUCAUCAAUGAAUUGAUUUUUUAGGUACGGAUUUAAUUAAUACCUGUUGUUUCCUCUUGAAAUGUUCUUGAGAUAUAACUACUAUUUUGUUGCAAAAAAAUUGGAACAAAGAAGCGAUUCAGUUCACGAGGAAUCUUUUGAGUAGCAUCCGAAGCUGUGUAUUUUAAUCAUUUAGUUAUAAGUGAAGAAAGUGAGAGAGAAUACAGCGAAUUUUUAUAUUAUCAUUGACAACCUUAUUAUAUCAUUGAAUAGAGCUUAGAUUUGUUCUUUACUGUAUGAUAUUGCGAAUUAUAAAUGUCGCAGUUGAAUAAAUAGUCAAACGAAUGAA